ACCUCGCAAGCACCAGCGCAGCCGACAAUGGCCUCGGCAUCAGCAUACACGGCACAAGGUUCACCAUGUGUCAGCUCUGUAACGGGCUGGGGUUUUUUGCAAGUAUUACUUUCAUUCGUGAUCAUUAUUUCUUUUUUUUUUUACUCACAGAGCAUGGAUGCCGAUCACAUCAGGGAACACAGGGAUAACAAAAUCACUGAGAAAGCGCGGCGGUUGAAGCAGCCAUGUACGAAAUGGAUUGUGACGUCGCCUUCUCUUUCAUCCCUUCUCUUGCACCACUAUCUCCACAUCGAAGAAGAAACGGAUGAUAUGCCCAUCAUCGAUUUGGUACCGGAGGAGGAGCAAGAUUUAGGUUAGGUUAGGUUGAUCCAAUGAAGGCUCGGUGCCUAUCGGCACGCGUAUAACACGGAGGGCCCUGGGACUUGGCCUCUUGUAUCAGUACGACCCGCGCCGCAACGGUCAAGGGACCGGUCAAGGGAAUUUUCCUUUAUUUGAUAUAAAUUGUUUCAUAUCUUAUAUUUUUCAAACUUU